UCUGAUCGAGUUGGACACGUUAGCCGUGUGGAAUCAAACAUUCUCUACUAUCUCGGCGUGUGCCAUGCCAGUGGCAUGGUUGUGACAUGGCAUGCGCCGAGAUACAGUUUACGCUUCCGUCCGAUGAGGAAGUUUUUCGUAUGCGCGAGACGGAGAAGCAGCGAAAGGAAGAGGAAAAGAGCAAGAACUCGCGACUCAAGAUCUACGAUAAAACCACGGCGUCGUCCAAGAUUGGAAAUAUUCGUCGCUUCCGCUCCGAUGACGCGGUGAGGCAACAUUCAGAACAGCAGUUAAUGCAUCUAAACAUCGUACUGGGAAUGGUGUUAUUUUUUGUCGGUCGAUAACUGGAUGUCGAUAACUGGAUAAAAAUGGCCAAAAGGAGGUGACCACAUCUGUCAAC